AUGGCAAACGAAGAAUACGACUAUCAACUUACUCCACAAGAGUUAGCUUUGGUUGAACAAAUUAAAAAGAAGAGACAAGAUACUAUCAUUACUGCUACUGAAUUCAUAUAUACUGCAAAGAAUUUGAGAUUACAUGCAGCCAACGAUAAGGUUAGAUACGAAAGAUUCCCACAAAAUGUAGCAAAGUUUAGACAGGCUGGUUUCGCAAUGAACCCAAUCGAAAAGGUUCACAAGUAUAGAGCAGGUGACAUAGAUAUCAUUGGUCCACACUCUGUUGUACCAACUGAAGGAAAGGAACUCAAUAUCAGCAAAUAUUACUCGAAUCAAGAAAUCGAUUAUAAGAAGUUUGUAGAGGAAAGAAAGGCUCUCCAACACCAAUAA